GGGACUGGGUGCUCAGCUCGCACAGUGUACCUGGCCGGGAUCGAAGGAGGUCGGUCGGUCGGAGCGGAGUGUUGGAUUAUCUCCCCCUGGAUUGUUGUGGAUAAUUGCCCCGUGUGGAGUACAGACCUGGAACUGUGUCCCCUGGAUGUGCCCGAUCUCUGGAUGGAUGUGGAUGUUGUCACCCGGGAAUAUUAUUACCAAUACCGACCUGCUGAGCUGUAACCAUGUUUUAUGCCACCCUUUACUUUCUGCUGCCUCUCAUGGAUGCCUUUCUGGCGGCGGAGGUGCGGCGCCCGGGGCCCGGAGACAGACCGGACUGCGUCCGAGCCAAUGAACAGUGCCUGAAAGAUCAGGAAUGUAGCACCAAGUACAGGACUCUGCGGCAGUGUGUGGCCGGCAAGGAGACCAAUUUCAGCAAGGUGACGGGCCUGGAGGCCAAGGACGAGUGCAAGAACGCCACCGAGGCCCUGAAACAGAAAUCGCUGUACAACUGUCGCUGCAAACGCGGCAUGAAAAAAGAGAAGAACUGCCUGAGGAUUUACUGGAGCAUGUACCAGAGCCUGCAGGGGAAUGAGCUGCUGGAAAACUCUCCAUAUGAACCCGUCAACACCCGACUCUCCGACAUCUUCAAAAUGGAGACCAGCCUGACAGAGCCGCUCAUCUCCAAGGGGAAUGACUGCCUGGACGCCGCGAAGGCCUGCAACCUGGACGACACCUGUAAGAAGUACCGCUCGGCCUAUAUAACGCCCUGCACCAACAGCAUAUCCAACGAGGUCUGCAACCGCAGGAAGUGCCACAAGGCCCUGCGCCAGUUCUUCGAUAAGGUGCCCGCCAAACACAGCUACGGCAUGCUGUUCUGUUCCUGCAAGGACACGGCCUGCUCAGAGCGGAGGAGACAGACCAUCGUCCCGGCCUGCGCCUACGAGGAGAGGGAGAAGCAGAACUGCCUGAACCUGCAAGAGACCUGCAAGACCAACUACAUCUGCAGAUCCCGACUUGCACAUUUCCUCAACGACUGCCAGACUGACCAUCGAUCGAUCAGCGGGUGCCUGAAGGAAAACUACGCGGAAUGCCUCUUGGCUUAUUCCGGUCUGAUCGGUACAGGGAUCACCCCAAACUACAUCGAGUCCACCAGCCUCAGCGUGUCUCCCUGGUGCGACUGCCUCAACAGUGGCAAUUACAUGGACGACUGCCUGAAAUUCCUCAACUUCUUCAAGGACAACCUCUGUCUCAGAAACGCCAUCCAGGCCUUCGGUAAUGGCACCGAUGUCAAGCUGCAUCCCGACCCGCCAGUACACACCACAACAUCCUCCUCAUCUGUCCAUUCCAAGAACAAAAAUAAAGAAACCAACUACAUAGAAACCAUGCACAUCACCAAUGAGAUCCCAACGCAUAACGGCCUGCCAGGCUGCGCCAAUCUCAUCCAGGCACAGAGAAUGAAAUUAAACGACACCGUGGACACCCAACUCUGCCUGGCGGAGCAGUCUCUCGGAAAGGACAACAUAGUUGGACGAUCUUCCAGCGAUCCCAUUUCUGCUGACAACUCCUCUGCGAUAUCAUCUAGGCCCGUCACAGCACUCUUACUGCUGACUGUGACGCAUUGGCUGUUCCUCGGCUCCCCCUCCCUGACGUUAUAGCCGCACCGCAACACACGGACCUGAAUAAGACAACAAAAAUAUAUAAUUAUAUAUUCCGUACGAUUAAUAUUAUUCACUUUCCUACCCUCUUGAUCACCUGAAAUUGACGUACUGGAAAAAGAACGGAAUAUUCUGGAACGUCGCGGAAGAAGACCAAAAGCAAAAGGGGCCACACAAAUAUAUGGUGGAUCUGGGCAUGCUUUGUGUUUUAAAGAAAAAAAAAAAGCAACAGAACGUUUGUAAAUUUGGUUGUUGAUAAACUAUUUUUCCACCCGUGAAGAGGAAAUUCCUACCUUAUCCUAUUUAUAGCAUUUUUUAUGAUUUAAUUACUUUCCAAAGUUCUUUAAAAAGAGGCCAAAUGUACAUACCGUAGCAGGCCAAUCGCCAAAGUGCUUGUGUUUGUUAUAUACUGCUUUGUCUGAUUUCCUUCAGUGUUUCUCUUUUUAUGUCUAUUAUAACAUCACGUGGCCCAGUGAUCACACCAUGCCAUCUUUGGUUGGGGGACAGUGACAUCUUGAGUUCUCAGUGAGGCAGUUUUGGAAGUGAGGUCUUGCAUGACCGAAAAAUCUGACCCAACAUAUCUGGUCGGGAGUUGAUAACAUCUUAUGCUCUCAAUGAGGUCGUUUUGGAAAAUACAUCUCCUCUGGCUCAACAAUCUCACCCCACCAUCUUUGGUCAGGAGUUGACUACAUCUUAAGCUCUUAUUGAGGCACUUCUGGAAAUUACAUCUCUCUUGACCCAGCUAUCUCUUUGUUUGGAGAGGACAACAUCUUGAGAUCUCAGUGAGGCAAUUUUGGAAAUGAUGUCUUGCAUGACCCAAUGAUCCUACCCUGUCAUCUUUGGUUUGGUGAUGCCGAUAUCUUGAGUUCUCAGUGAGGCAAUUUUGGAAACAAUGUCUUGCGGGACCCAGUGAUCUCUUCCUGCCAUCUUUAGUUGGGUGACACCAUCUUGAGUUCUGGAGACAAUUUGGAAAUUAUGUCUUGCAUGGCCCAUUGAUCUUACCUCCUCUCCCACACCAUGUUUGUUCGGGUCAUGAUGUCAGGUUCUCAGCAAGGACAUUUUUGGAAAGAACGUCUCUCCCAGAUUGUGUUAAAUAUGACAAGUGGUGAAGGGCAAGGAUCUCUAUGGGUUUGGAGUGCUAUUGAAAAACAUAUGAAUUUUGGUAGCCAGUCUGAAUAGAAAGAUUAGGAAACAAAUCACAACUUUUGGUUGGAAGAGGCAAAAAAGAAAACCAAAAAAAAAAAAAGGGAACACUAUUCUGGUUCAAUUUGUGCCCAAUAUAUUUCACGUGUUUAUCCAAGGAAAUUCUGUUUUAUCGAAUGAAGUUGCACACCCAGUUCCAGUUGUCCCCCCUCAUCCUUUCCCGCUUGUU